UCCAUAGCACACAUACAAAUUCCUUAUCUAAUUUGUGUCAUAUAUUUGCAAGACUUUGGGUGAGCAGUAUCUGUUCCGCAUGACGUCACUAGCCCUGCGGCUACGUCGACUCAAACCCCUCCCAUUGGCGGAACGUGUACAUUCCUUUUGUCCAAGAUGGCGGAGUUGACACAGGUUCACUGAUUCUAAAUAUGUUUUUAAACGCGUUUAUCCUUUUAUUUCGGAAUACAUGCAAAGUCUUUAACGUCGCGAACAUUAGUUACAAGUUACUAACGUCCGUUUAAGUGUAACGUCUCCCAAAACUGAGGAAUUUGCUUCCAGAUCGGAUUUUUUUUCUGCAGACACUGACUGGCUGGCUAGCUAGUUAGCUAAAAAGUUUGGGCAUCGUUUGAAAAUGAAGCGACAGGCCGGGAGGGACUCCAGUCCUAGUAGGACUUUAGCUAAACGAAUACGGGAAAGAGAGCGGGACCGGGACGGGGCACGGAGAGAGGACCUGCCGCUCCCACCACUUGCUUUGCUGCUCGCUGAAAGCGGGAGGCAACAUGCUCGGAGUAGGAGCAGGGAACGAGAGAAGACACGGCUUCGGGAGGAGCGUGGAGGCGCCGGAGACCCCCUCCACCACCGACAACAACACCACGACCUCGGUCUCAUCGGCCGACCCCUUCUCCGGACUACAGCCGUCCUGCCUAAAGGCAAAGCGGCAGCCGAACUACUGGGCCUCAGGGGGGGAACGGGGGGGACUCUGGAAUACAAAUCGUUGCUCAUUAGCAAUCUCGGCUCGGUGCUAUCUGACGAGCACGUUGAAGACGGACUGUUUCACGAGUUUAAAAAGUUUGGGGACGUUAGUGUGAAACUCUCACACACUCCAGAACUAGGCCGAGUCGCCUACGUCAAUUUCCGGCACCCGGAGGACGCUAAAGAGGCCAGGCAUGCCAAAACCAGGUUAGUACUCUAUGACCGCCCCCUCAAAGUAGAGCCCAUGUACGUCCGGCGGCGCAGCUGCACGCCGCCGGAUAUGGGUUAUGUCCCCAUCCAUGACGCCCCAUAUCCCUCUUAUAGACAGAGGUCCCUCUCCCCCUGCGCUGGAGUUAGUAGUAUCGGAGAUAUCCGACCACCAAGACAUUACCAUGUAGAGGGACUGGGACUGAGCAGAGAGAGGGAGAGGAUCUUAGAUUACUAUGGGAUGUUAGACGAGAGGGGACGGCCAUACGGGCUGCCAGUACCRGAGCARGAWGACAUAAAYCCKGAGGARGARGCGKGGGCGUGCAGGAACRUGUUCAURGGCAACCUGGAUCACAACGUCACUGAGGGCGAGCUGAGGAGAGGCUUCGAUAAGUACGGCAUCAUCGAGGAAGUUGUGAUUAAACGACCGGCGCGCGGUCAGGGGGGAGCCUACGCUUUCCUCAAAUUCCAGAACUUAGACAUGGCUCACCGGGCUAAGGUAACCAUGCAGGGCCGCGUGAUUGGCGGGAACCCGGUGAAGAUAGGCUACGGUAAGGCCAACCCUACCACCAGACUUUGGGUAGGCGGGCUGGGACCCAGCAAUUCCCUGGCAGCCCUGGCCAGAGAGUUUGACCGUUUUGGCAGCAUCCGGAACAUAGACUAUGCGAAAGGGGAUAGUUUUGCCUACAUUCAGUAUGAGAGCCUAGAUGCCUCCCAUGCUGCAUGUACUCAGAUGAGAGGGUUCCCUCUAGGAGGCCCAGAGAGGAGGCUGAGGGUGGACUUUGCCAAGGCUGAGGAGCCCCUGCCUCGUAGUUACCCAACAGAAUACCAGCCCCCUGUGCCUCUACCUGCCCACCUGGACCUGCUGAGGCUUCGCGACCGUAGCCUGGAGAGAGAGCUACGCGCCCGGGACCGCUCGCCCUCCUCCCACGCCCUGUUCACCCAGCGGGAGAGAGAGAGAGCUAUGCUGGACAGGGCGGACAGAGAGUUCACCUCUCCAACAAAUAGCCUGGAGCGCAGGGGGGGUGAAGCAUUUGGGGGGUCUCGUGGUGGCCGAGGGGACCGGGCAGCCCGGAGCCGAAGCAGAGAGCGCUGGCUGAAGGAGAGAGACGCAGAGCGGGCUGGGGCGGAGAGACGCAGACGCAGGUCCCUCUCCCUUGACGGACCCUCUCAGGAGAAGGAGAGGGGCAUGUCCAAGGUGAGAGGAAGAGCAGGGUCAGCUUCUCCAGAGGACAGCCCAGACAGAGCCAGGGUCCGGGCCCCAGACUCUACCACCGAGCCCAGGGGACAGAGCCCUGACAGCAGCCGCCACUCCAACGAGGACCGGGUCGGCCAGGACGGCCACGAGACAUCCUCCAGUCGGAACCGCCACAAGAAGACUGGAGGAGACAGACAGAAGGACCGUGACCGCAACCACCGGGCCAGUGACACAAACCACACCUCCGACACACUUAAUAAAGACCCCAGAACACCCAGCAUGCUGUCGGAGUGUGCCACCACCCUCAGCAAAGCCUGGCACGGUCACUUCACCCUGAAGAACUCCUGCUUCCCCACUAACAUGCACCUGCUGGAGGGAGGCUCCGGGUUCUUCCACUCUGUCAUGAAGGACAACCAGGCCAAGGGGAAACUGACCCAGCUGAAGAUCGCCCAGCGACUGAGGAUGGAUCAGACCAGGUUGAACGAGGUCACCAGGAGGAUCAAACAUGGUGGCUCCGAGGGCUACGCUGUUCUCCUGGCCCUCCAGGACCCCGUCGACCGCGAGGCCCCUCCACCUGAACCAGGCCUGCAGAUCAGACUCCUCCGUCACCUGGUCACCUACCUGAGAAACAAGGAGGCUGCAGGAGUGAUCAGUCUACCAGUAGGUGGGGCUAAGGGGGGGGGAAAGGGAGGUAUGCUGUACGCCUUCCCUCCCUGUGACUUCUCCCAGCAGUUCCUCCAGAGUGCACAUCGGACUUUGGGGAAUCUGGAUGAAGAGCACCUGGUGGUUGUUAUUGUCAACGACUCUGCCUAACGUAGACAGAAGACACCUCUUUAUGGUGUUGGCUGUCAAUGUUAUUACACCCACGUUAACAACAGACAGCCGUCAGUAGGGCUGGGAAUUGCCAGGGACCUCGCCGUACUUAGUUGCCGAUAUGUAUUGUGAUGCUCACGAUUCUAUUUGUAUUGUGAUUCGAUACUGUGAUUUCGUUGCGAUUCGAUGUUCCAAUCAUAUUGCACACACCAUAUGUCUGCUGCAGAGGGACAAGAGAGAGAGCCAGGAGAUAAUGACUUUUGGUCAGUCAUGGAAAUAAAWGUGCUAAAAAACAAAUGGACUCCCAAUUUAAACAGAAAAUGGAGAACAACAUUAUGAAGGAAAAAUACUUUUUUUUGUUUGCAGGGACAGCCAACCAACUAGCACUAAAAUAACAUUACGAGAURGUCAAAGUUUAUACGAUAUGUCGUCAAAUAAUAUCCCAAUAUGUAACUAGAUUUUUUAAAACUAAGACACAGGUGGUGUUGGUGGCUAUCUGUCUGUAUAGGGGGCCACACAGUGAACACACUGAAGCCACCCCUCGAGGACGUGAUCGUUUAGCCGUCUGUCGAUGUCGCUACUUCCCAUGUACAAACGGAGACCGAGCUGUGUCUCUCCAAGCAUGGGCACGUCUGACUCUUUGAGACAGACUCUCGGAGGUCGGGCCGACUAGUAGGACAGACAUGGUUUGUAUAUAGUCUCGUGCGUUAGUGAAACACGACUAGUGAGUGUGUGGMAUUGUUGUUCAUACAUACUGUUGUAUAUUAUUUUCAUGUGGAAUUAACCAAGCAGUAUAUCUGGCUGCUUCCACAGCGGUAGUAUAAUUCAUAUGAUGAUUGUUUGCAUGUGUGACUUAUUUUUCUUCUGUUUUUAUUGAACCAUUCCUGAAGGUCCCAUGUUUGUCUUUUUUUUGUUUUGUUUUGAGAAUGGUGUGGUCUAAUUGGCUGUUGUUUUCUACAGAUUUUACCGUGUGGCUGGUGUMCAGCUGCCGCUGCCGUUGACUUGCCGUUGAUUUGAGACCGUUUUCGUUUUUAAAUACUGUGUCACCUCACAGAUAUUAUUUCUUAAUAGUUCUGUCUUUGUUCCUAAUGUGAUAUUUUGACGUUCCAUGACUGGUAUGUUUAGCCUUUUUUUUUUAAGCGUUUUAAUACACUCUCCACCUUUACGAUGUACUGAAUGAGCCUAUAGCCUAUUUGCAUGUGAUUUCAACUCUCUAGUGUGAUUUGCUGUAAGGCAGAAUGGAUUGUAAUCUACCUCUACAAUUAUUUUAGUCAUUUGUUUUUUGUAAAACAUUUUUAUCACAAACAUACAAUGCAAAUGAAACCCACCCCCUUGAUCUUUGUUGGAGUCGGUUUAUUAUUAUUAUUAUUAUUACAAUGUAUUAUGUCUCCCAGGAGUUUCUUAGAGCAGAAAGUGUCGCAACACUAAAAAUACACUUUUUAUUUUUUUAUUUUAUUUUACCAGUUGAGGUGAAUUGAAUUAUUCUUAUUUUUUUUAAACAUUUUGACUCACUGGUAUUUAUAUUAGAGAGAACACCAAAACCUGUCUGUUUCAAUGAUAAUUAUGUAGAUUUUAUUAUUAUAAUUAUAUUUAAUGUAGAUUUGAAGAAAGACAACCAUCACCUGAAAUAAUGGAACAGGAAGUCGAAUGGUUUGACGGAAAGUCGUCUGUGCGUCCCAAAUGGCACCAUAUGCCCUAUAUAGUGCACUACUUUAGACCAGAGCCCUAUGGCACCCUAUUCCCUACAUAGUGCACUACUUUAGACCAGAGCCCUAUAGAACCCUUUUCCCUAUAUAGUGCACUACUUUUGGGUAGAGCACUUUUGGGUAGAGCACUGGUCAGAAGUAGUCUACUGUGUAGAGAAUAGGGUGCUAUUUUUAGGAUGCAUCCUUUGUCACUACAUGAUGUGAGACUGGUGUUAGACUGUACUGCCGUGUGAAGUUACUUUAGACUGGUGUUAUACUCUACUGCUGUGUGAAGUUCCUUUAAACUGGUGUUAUACUCUA